GCUAAACAUGCGAACGUAUAUUAUGUUAUCAGCUGUGUGUAUUUUCAUUGGAUUCCUGCAGGCAGCAGUUAGGCAACUGAAUGUACACUGAAACAUACCUUCAGCAAAAUCAAGGAACUGAUGUGUUUUAAAUUGCCUACGUUAAAGGUCUAAAAUUAUGAAAUCAAAAAGUGAGGUUGACUACAACUACGAUUUAGACAAUUCAUAAGAAACGUGAAAUAUUUUUCCGGCAAAAUGACUACAAUUCGUGUUUGUUUUACUACAAUUCCAUCGUUGUUAAAUCAUACAAAGUGUGUGUUGCGUUUAGGACAACAAAAAGCUUCGAAAUUACAUCAGUUUAGUCAGAAAAGUUUAUUUAUUGCACCAACACAGACUUUUCAGUUGCAGAAGAAGAAUUUGUCUGAUUCAAAACAGGAAAACGCACAUAAUGCCAAAACAGUUUAUGUUGGCUUACUCUCUUCACAAAUUAAAACUGUCAAGUGGUUUUCAUUAACAACUAGUCUUGUAGGAAUUGUCUCUCAACCAUUUCUAUAUCAACAAUUGUCAGCCCUACAAAAUUUACCAAUGCUAGUUGUUGGAUGCAGUUUUGUUGGAGUGUACACAUUUGUCACUCCAUUUCUUUUACAUUAUGUCACAAAGAAGUACGUAACCAAGGUGGAUUAUAACAGUGAAAAGGAUACAUACAUUGCAUCUACUACAAACUUUUUUGGGUUACAGAGAGAGUUGGAAUUUAAACCUGAAGAUGUGACAGUUCCUGAUAUACCUGGCAUGUUUACCACAUUUCAUGUUAAGGGUCAAGCAUUAUUCCUGGAAGCUAGAUUAUUUGAGGAUCCUGGACAUUAUGCAAGGAUUAUGGGGUAUGACAAGCCUAUGGACUUCAAGUUGUAUCAAACUGCUGAGGACACUUCAAAAAUGGACAGUUCUGGGAAGAAAUGAAGCUCAUAUUGAAAAAUAGAAGUGUUUUGAUGUGUUUUAGGUGAUGUUGUGGAAAUUUAAUAAAUUUAUUGUUUACGAUAUUUAUUUGUUUGAAUAAAUUAAUUAUGUUUUGAAUGUUCAA